AUGUUUCUUGGCGCUGUCUUCGAAGUCGCGAGCGCAGCAUACGAGCUGUCGACGGUGGUGACGGACGUGAUUCUCAACUACGAGUACAUCAACCGCAACUGGGUCGAGGAGUACAUUCUGUCCAUCGUGUUCCUUGUUGCGAAUGGCAUUGUCAUGGGAAUUGUGGGGAUUGGUAUAGAUAAGCUGUACCCGGAUCGCUUCUCCAGCAACUCGCUGAUCAACAAGGCGCUGGGCUUCUGCCUUGGGUUAUUUCAAAUGCGCGUAUUCGUCGAGACCCUCUACUCGGCUGUUGCAAGCGAUUCACGGACACACACAGUGGGUGGACACACUCAGCUUCAAAGCGGACUACUGUACGCAACGUUCAUUCAGGCUAUAGUGCGUGAUAUUUCGCUGUUCGUACUACAGGCAAAUGCUACUAUUCAUUACCGCAAGUGGAAGUUUAUCGACCUAUUCACAGUCUUCUCGACAUUUAUUACGCUGACGCGCGGCACAGCGGCUUUGUGUUCCGAUUGGGAGCAAUUUUACUAUUGGCUAUGA